AUGGGAGACGAGUCGGAGGAAGAAGCAGCACUGAUGAGACGAAAUAAAAUGUUGAUGGAAGCCAUGACUGCUCAGUUAAAUAAAACCAUGUUGGAGAACAUGACUGAGAUGAUGAAAGAAAACAUGAAAGAGAUCAGAGAUGAGAUUAGACAAGCUACUGGUCAAGGUCACAGCAAUGAGAGCAGAAGGAACCGUCAAACUCACACUCCACAAGAGCAUGGUGGUUCACAGGAGACUGAUAACUACUAUGAGCGUCACAGACUGAAGAUCCCUCCCUUCCAUGGCAAAGUUGAUCCAGACGCGUACCUUGAGUGGGAGAAGAAGAUUGAGCUCGUUUUCAACUGCCAACACUUCACCAAUGCUCAAAGAAUCCAGAUUGCUGCAACUGAGUUCUAUGACUAUGCCUUGAGCUGGUGGGAUCAACUGGUGACUACUAGGAGAUUGAAUCAGGAGUAUCCAGUUGAGUCUUGGCAUGAGAUGAAGUCUCUUAUGCGUAAGAGAGCUGGUAUAUCUGAGGACAGAGAGGAUACUAUGACAAGGUUUCUUGGAGGACUUAACCGCGAGAUACAUGACAGUGUGGAGAUGCAGCAUUAUGUGGAGAUAGAAGAGAUGUUGCACAAAGCCAUUCUUGUGGAGCAACAUAUCAAAAGGAAGCAUCACUCGCGUGGAAGCUAUGGAAAUAGCAAGUACCAGCAUUCUAAAGAUGAGAAACCAUCCUAUCUGAAGGAUAGCAAGCCUCAGCCGAAAGAAGAUACUAAGCCAAGCAGCACAUCCAGCAAAGACAAAGGCAAAGCUAAAGCUACUAGUUCGAGAGCCAGAGAUGUUAAGUGUUUCAAGUGUCAAGGGCGUGGGCAUUAUGCUAAUGAGUGCACCAACAAAAAGGUUAUGAUUCUUCUUGAGAAUGGAGAGUAUGAAUCAGAGGAAGAGAAAUCUGUGUCUGAUCAUGAGGAGUCUGGAGAAGAAAGUGAAGUAGAACCAGUGAGAGGGAGAUUGUUGGUGACAAGAAGGCUCUUGAACUUGCAGACUAAGAAUGAAGAGCUUGAGCAGCGUGAGAAUCUAUUUUACACAAGGUGUCUGGUUCAGGGAAAGGUGUGCAGUCUCAUUGUUGAUGGAGGAAGUUGUGUCAAUGUGGCAAGUGAGACAAUGGUGAAGAAGUUGUGUUUGAAAGUUCAGAAGCACCCGAGGCCUUACAGAUUGCAGUGGCUUAAUGAGGAGGGCGAGAUGAGAGUUUCUACUCAAGUGCUGGUUUCUAUAGCCAUUGGUAGAUAUGAGGAUGAAGUCUUGUGUGAUGUGUUGCCAAUGGAAGCCAGUCAUAUACUCCUUGGAAGACCCUGGCAGUUUGAUAGACGUGUGAAUCAUGAUGGCUUCACCAACAAGCACUCAUUUGAAUUUAAGGGAAAGAAGACUGUACUGGUGCCUCUAUCUCCUAAAGAGGUUCAUGAAGAUCAACUACAGCUUCAGAAAAAGAAAGAGAUAGACCUCAAACCUGAUCAGAACAAGCAUCACAGCCUCUAUGCCAAACAGGGAGAUAUCAAAAUAAUUCUUUACUCUCAAAAUUCUAUUAUCUUGCUUAUGUUUAAGGAGACUAUACUAACAGUCACUCAUCACACACCGGAUCAUCCGAGUGAACUAGUCUCUCUUUUACAAGAAUAUGCAGAUGUGUUUCCAGAAGAUAUCCCCUUUGGAUUGCCUCCAGUUCGUGGGAUUGAGCACCAAAUCGACUUUGUACCUGGUUCAACACUACCAAACAGACCUGCAUACAGAACUAAUCCAGUGGAGACUAAAGAAUUGCAAAGACAAGUAGAGGAGCUGAUGGAGAAGGGUCAUAUCCGAGAGAGCUUGAGUACAUGUGCAGUUCCAGUGCUCCUUGUGCCUAAGAAAGAUGGUAGCUGGCGCAUGUGUGUUGAUUGUAGAGCAAUCAACAAUAUAACAGUGAAGUAUCGCCACCCUAUUCCUAGAUUAGAUGAUAUGCUUGAUGAAUUGCAUGGCUCCUGCAUAUUUUCUAAAAUUGAUCUGAAAAGUGGUUACCAUCAAAUUAGAAUGAAAGAGGGAGAUGAGUGGAAGACUGCAUUCAAAAGCAUCUUUGUUGUUGUGUAUUUUGAUGAUAUCUUAGUUUACAGCAAAUGUCUUGAGGAUCAUAUAGAGCAUCUUAGGGCUGUCUUGAAUGUUUUGAGAAAUGAAAAGCUUAAUGCCAAUCUGAAGAAAUGGUGUAAAGGUGGAUUAGGAGAAGAUCAAAGCAAUACAAGAGUGGCCGAGUCCAACUACAGUGGGAGAAGAAUUGGUAUUGGUGCUGUGUUAAUGCAGGAUAGAAGGCCUAUUGCAUAUUUCAGUGAGAAACUCAGUGGAGCUACUCUCAACUAUGCCACUUAUGACAAAGAACUCUAUGCCUUGGUGAGAGCUCUACAGACUUGGCAGCAUUAUCUCUGGCCAAAAGAGUUUGUCAUUCACACAAACCAUGAAUCUUCUCAAGUACCUCAAAGGACAAAGCAAGCUCAGCAAGAGACACGCCAGAUGGGUAGAAUUCAUUGA